AACGCUGUAUCCUCCGUUACGCUGCAGUUGGGAGUUUGGAGUUCGGGAUCAGGAGGGGUCCAACAGCUGACCGGCUCGCGUGAAUUCCAAGCCCCCGAGUGAUGGAAAAGACGGAGAUCUUUUUAUACAUCUACCUCGUCUCUCACUACAUCUUCAACAUCCUCUUCAUUUCUUGGCUCUCCAAACACAUGACACCUAUAAAUCCCUACGAGUAUGGAUUGCUUCCCUGAAGUUGGGCCACCUGAUCCUGUUUGCGCCAGGACACGCGACCGAAAUUAAGAGGAAGAGAGGUCGUUAUGAGCGCUUGUGUAAAUGCUGCAUUUCCUGCUCAGAGAACUGGAGUGAAAAGCAGAAUUUCACCCUCAGGAUACCACAUCCAUCUGCGCGCAAAGGACAUGGACAUGACGCUUCUGUUCAACGCUGAUUGAAAUACCCUGCGCUAUGUUUUAGUAACUCUGCGGGAAGGCAGUAGGUAGAGUAGACCGCGUAACUGUUUUAUUUCUGCCGGCUUUGAUGCUUCUUUUUAUUUUUUUUGCGCGCUUACCAACUGUGCACCGCAGGUUAGCUGCUCCGUUGCCACAGGCGAUCCGCAGCAGGACCUGAAAUCUUUUGACAGGCCACAACAAUCACUGUGAAAGGUUUUAUUUUAUUUUUUUUUUCGUACAGCAUCAUCAAGUCCUGCGUUUUGAACUUUCACUGCAACCUAGAGUUGUGCGUCUGUGUGGCUGGAGUGAAUCAUGGCUUUACCAGAUAGUGGCCUAGAGGACGUACCAUUCCCAGAGAUUAUAGAGCUCAAUGUUGGUGGGCAGGUGUACAUAACCCGCUACUCUACCCUCACAAGUGUACCAGACUCUUUGCUAUGGGAGAUGUUCAGUCAAAAGUCAGCCAAAGGGCUGGCCAGGGACACCAAGGGGCGCUUCUUUGUGGACCGUGAUGGUUUCCUGUUCCGUUACAUCCUGGACUACAUGCGGGACCAGCAGCUGGUUCUUCCAGACCACUUCCCAGAGCGGGGACGUCUACAGAGGGAGGCUGAGUUCUUCAAUCUGCCGGAGCUCGUCAAGCUGCUGGCACCCAAAAUCAGCAAGCAGAACUCCCUGGGUGACGAGGGCUGUCAGAGCGACACAGAGGACUCCUCACCUGGGAUUGACACUGCCCGUAACCUCAGCUCCUUGGGUGCUGCUGCUGCCGCUUGUGCCAGCCUGGUGCCAGGGUCCGUGGAAGGCAAACGGUCCGGGUUCAUCACGAUUGGCUACCGAGGCUCGUACACCCUGGGCCGCGACAGCCACACCGACGCCAAAUUCCGCAGGGUGGCACGGAUCAUGGUGUGUGGGAAGACCUCCCUGGCCAAAGAGGUGUUCGGGGAAACGCUCAACGAGAGCCGCGACCCCGACCGCCCCCCCGAGCGCUACACGUCCCGCUACUAUCUCAAGUUUACCUUUCUGGAGCAGGCUUUUGACAAGCUGGCAGACGCAGGCUUCCACAUGGUGGCCUGCAACUCCACAGGGACCUGCGCCUUUGCCCACGAGCAGACAGACGACAAGAUCUGGACCAGCUACACUGAAUAUGUGUUCUACCGUACUUCAUCAGAAACUUCCAAAGCAGUGACGUCUGAGCUCCCAGCUCUCGGCGAAGUGGUGACCUCUAAACCGGCCCGCGCCGAAUCAGCCACGGUGGAACACAGCAGCACAGGCCGAACUCAAAGCCUCCCAGAAACCGGCAGCAGCACAACGCUAGACAUACACAAACGCCUGCCCCUGGACUCCCCUCCUCCCCUGACCCCCCCUCCACCCCCGCCUCCUACUUACAGUCCUGACCUCCCGCUUCCGUCACCCCCUGUCCUCCCUCCGCCUCUGCCGCCGUCCAAACCCGCCUCCACCUCCAGCCCCCCUCCCCCGCCGACGCCGCCUCCUGCCGAGAGCCCCCAGCGGCCAACCACCCUCAACCUGAAGACGCUGCCGCGGCCCAGCGUCAGGGAGAACGGCGGCCCCCCACCCGGAGCGGACGAGGACGAGGACGAGAGGAAAAUGCUGGAGGAGGAUCUGAAGAAAUGCAUCGAGGACUUCAAAAAGAUCCGCUUGCCGAGAGCGUUUCCAGAUCGCAAGAGGCACUGGCAGAGUGACUUGCUCAAGAAGUACAACGCGUAGAGAGCUUUGCUGUGGCAGCACAGUGAGCAGCCAAGGAUUUUAAAACAGUGGUGGCAACAUGUCGUCAGCAUCGGACUCAGGCUUUUUAUUCACAGCGCUCUGAUUCCGUCCGUGUGAAGAGUGUCAGAAAGUUUUCUAAAACCUCUUGUAUUAGCUUUUGCAUGUCGACAGAAGUAAAUAGUUUGACAAAGUGUAGUGCUGGAGCUGAGCUAGUCCAGAGGUAACAAAACACAGUUGUCUUUUCCCACCUAAGAAAGCCACAUCCUUCCCUAUAGAGAUUCCUAGCCCUGCUUCUUUGUUCCACCCGGCUAUUCGGGAACAUUAAAAAUAUUUUUUUCUCUCCACUCAGUCAGGUGAUUAAACAAAAAUAUGUAAUGUCAUUAUUAGACCUCUCUGUCCGCUGAUCAAGCAACUGGAAAAUGUAGGCAAAGUGUGAAAUGUUAGGCCUUUGACCUUAAUGAUGCAAAAUAAAAGAAAGGAGUGAAAUCUCUGCUGCUAAUCACUGAAA